AUGUCUGCCUCCUCCGCUGACAUGAUUGAAACCCCCCCAGUACUCAACUUCGAGGAGAUCGACUACAAGGAGAUCGAGGUGGAAGAGGUAGUUGGAAGAGGCACCUUUGGUGUGGUCUGCAAAGCAAAAUGGAGAGGAAAAGAUGUGGCUAUCAAGCAAAUAGAAAGUGAAUCCGAAAGAAAAGCUUUUAUUGUAGAGCUUCGACAGUUGUCACGUGUGAAUCACCCAAAUAUUGUGAAGUUGUAUGGAGCCUGCCUAAAUCCUGUAUGUCUUGUUAUGGAAUAUGCUGAAGGGGGCUCACUGUACAAUGUUCUGCAUGGUGCUGAGCCCCUGCCUUACUACACAGCUGCUCAUGCAAUGAGUUGGUGUUUACAGUGUGCCCAAGGAGUGGCAUAUCUACAUAGCAUGAAGCCAAAGGCUCUUAUUCACAGGGACCUUAAACCACCAAAUUUGCUCUUGGUGGCUGGAGGUACAGUUCUGAAGAUAUGUGACUUUGGUACAGCGUGUGAUAUUCAAACCCAUAUGACUAACAACAAAGGGAGUGCUGCAUGGAUGGCUCCUGAAGUCUUUGAAGGUAGUAACUACAGUGAGAAAUGUGAUGUUUUCAGUUGGGGCAUUAUCCUUUGGGAAGUCAUAACCAGGAGAAAACCUUUUGAUGAAAUUGUGGGCCCUGCCUUCCGCAUCAUGUGGGCAGUUCACAAUGGUACUCGGCCACCUCUAAUUAAAAAUUUACCUAAGCCUAUUGAAAGCUUAAUGACUCGAUGCUGGUCAAAAGAUCCAUCUCAACGACCUUCAAUGGAGGAGAUUGUCAAGAUAAUGACACAUCUUAUGCAGUAUUUUCCUGGUGCUGAUGAAGCUUUACAGUAUCCAUGCCAAUAUUCUGAUGGUGGGCAAAGCAAUUCUGCCACAAGUACAGGGUCCUGCAUUGAUAAUUCUACAAAUACAAGCAAUAAGAGUGAUAUUGACGACUUGCAGGUUAGUGCAAGCAAUGAUACCAUCAAGCGAAUAGAGUCCAAAUUGGCACACUGGAAUAAUCAGUCCAAGCAAGGCGGGGAACCAGGCCGCUUGAGUUUGCCACCUUCUCGAGGUAGCAGCGUUGAAAGUCUUUCUGAUACUCGAGGUAAAAGGAAGAGUGCGGACAUGUCAGAAUCGGAGCCAAGAAUUUCUGGAAGCACAGCAUAUACCAAGUCUAAACGAGGCCACCGUAAAACUGCUUCAUUUGGCAAUAUUCUGGAUGUUCCUGAGAUCAUCAUAACAGGCAACGGGCAGCAAAGGCGCAGAUCUGUUCAAGACGUCAGCAUUAUUGGAACUGAGGAGAGUAGAAGUAGCAGCCGAUCCUCAAGCCCUAGUGUGAGGAUGAUUACUACCUCGGGACCAACCCCUGACAAACCUCCACGUGGUAUUCCAUGGGGUCCCGAAGAUUCAGAUACCAAUGGAUCAGAUAACUCUAUACCAAUGGCAUAUCUUACACUCGACCAUCAAUUGCAGCCUCUCGCACCUUGUCCAAAUUCCAAGGAAUCUAUGGCUGUGUUUGAGCAGCACUGCAAAAUGGCACAAGAGUAUAUGAAGGUUCAGACUGAAAUUGCAUUAUUGUUGCAGCGAAAACAAGAGCUAAUUGCUGAACUAGACCAGGAUGAAAAAGACCAACAAAAUACAUCUCGUCUGGUACAGGAACACACAAAAAGCUUCUAGACGAAAACAAAAGUCUUUCUACAUACUAUCAGCAAUGCAAGAAACAGCUGGAUGUCAUUAGAAGUCAGCAGCAAAAGAGACAAGGAACUUCCUGA